AUGUCUGUUUCGACGAAACGACGAUACAUCACAAAUAAGGUAGAGUCCGAGUAUUACACGCCAGUAGAAGGGGAUAUCAUUGCACAAGUAAAAAACACCAGAGGCAACAAUUUGCAUGAGAUUGAAGAUGAGAAUGGUGAAACAUAUGUUGCAAGUAUGCCAUCCAAGUUCAGGAAAGCCAUAUGGAUCCGACGGGGGCAGUUCGUUGUUUUGCGACCAAUUGAAGAGGGUGACAAGGUAAAAGCGGAAAUUGAACACGUGUUGGACGAAGAGAACAUACUGUACAUAAGAUCUAUGAACAAAUGGCCUGCUAGAUUCGAAGAGCAGGCUCGUAUGAUGACGAGAGAUGCUAAGCGAGGAGGAAAAGGAGACACCAUGAUUGAUGACGAUAUGCUACCACCAAGUGAUAGCGAUGAAUACGAAAGUAGCGAGGAACAUUCAACUGAUGGUGAAGAAGGCGAUGUUUCCGAUGAUGAGUCAGACGAAAGCGCACACGAUCGGAAUCAAUAUAAUCCUAAUCGUGAUAAAGCCCCAACAAGUUCAUAA